AUGGCCGGCACUAUUUCCGAUGUCCGCGAGAUCAGCGGGACAGAUAUGAUCUCAGCUCUGCAUCUUGCCCAACAAGCACCGGCGAUCCUGGGUCAGGAAUCCGGUUCCGUCUCCGCCUCGAAGGAUACCGCAGAUUACUAUGCACGGAUAGAGCAACUCCUGCUGGCAUGUCUCCGAACCGGAGAUGACCAGACAGCACAGACCUGUUUGAAUCGCCUGAGUCUUCGAUUCGGACCUUCCAAUGAGCGGAUCAUGGGACUGCGAGGCCUGUACGAGGAGGCCACUGCCAAGGAUCAGGCUGCAUUAGAGAAAUGCCUGCAGGAAUACGACACCACCCUGUCACAAAGUCCCGUGAAUGUGCCCAUUCUCAAGCGCAGGGUUGCGCUGUUGCGCUCCCUCAACCGACCCACCGACGCGAUCACCGCUCUCAUUCAGCUCCUCGAUGCGAUUCCCACGGAUGCCGAAGCCUGGUGUGAACUCGCCGACCUCUACCAGUCUCAAGGGUUAGGCUCCCAGGCUAUUUUCAGCUUGGAGGAGGCUCUGCUUAUCGCGCCCAACGCGUGGAAUAUCCAUUCCCGGCUCGGGGAACUCCUCUACAUUGCAUCCUCGGAUGGCGACGCGCCUCGACUCCUUGGCAAAUCGGUGCAGCAUUUCAGCCGAAGUAUUGAACUCUGUGAUGAUUACCUGCGAGGCUUCUACGGGUUAAUUUUGGCAUCGACUCGCAUGCUCGAAAAUAACUACACCAGCCCACCCCCCCAAGACGCUGGAGCGGUUAAAAUCAUUUGCGCUCCACCAGUUAGGGAGAUUGUGAAAUCACGAUCGGUCGAUGACCAGCAUUGGGCAUCGAGUCGCAGUGAACUGAUUGCCGCCAAGGAGUUAUUGAAUCGAUUCAAAUAA